AUGUCCCGCUCCAAGGCCGAUCCCUCCGACGCCGGCUCCUUCGCUGGCGCCAUGUUCACCUCCGAUCGCCUCAACGAGCUCCACAUCAAGGAUCAUGUGCCCGUCAUCCUCGACCUCGACUCGCCGUCCUACAAUGCAUGGCGCACCUACUUCGCACUGUUGUUCCGCUCCUACCGUCUCAUCGAGCACGUUGAUGGGAGCAUCGACUUCCGCGACAUGAAGGACGAUGAUGAGUGGCUUGCCGUGGACGCCUGCAUCGUCAAGUGGCUCUUCCUCACCAUCUCCCAAGGUCUCUUCAACAUGGUGAACUCCCGUGACCCCUUGGUGUACGCCAUGUGGACACGGUUGUGCGACCUCUUCCUCGACAAUCAACUCCAACGCCGCGUCUUCCUCCAAGGGGAGUUUUUCACUAUGCAGCAAAACGAUCUUUCGAUCGGUGAGUACUGCACGCGACAGAAGGUUCUCACCGACGAGCUGCACGACGUCGGCAUGACCAUCGACGACUCCGUCCUCCUUACAAACCUCCUUCGCGGCCUCCACCCCGACCUUGGCUAG